GCCAUUUUCAGCCAUGGUCUAGUCCUGGUUCAGUUCUGGUUUAGUCCUGGUCGUGGUUAUGGCCCUCACAGCCCUGUUCUUGGUCUGGUCCAUCUGCAGUUUGGGGGUCCUGACAGAAGACAAGAGCUCAGAGUCGCUCAGGUUGGUGGGAGGAGCCAGUCGCUGUGUUGGGACUGUGGAGGUGAAACACAGAGGAGAGUGGAGACGACUGAGGCUCGUUGGAUACUGGGACCAGGAGCACACAGCUGGUGUGUGCAGAGACCUGGACUGUGGUUCUGCUGUUUAUGGAGAACAGAGAUAUGAUUUUCCAGAGAGUCGUGUGUGGGAAGUCAGAUCUGCCUGUGUGAAGAAGUCUUCAGUGAGAGAAUGUGUCCCUGGUUCAUACACAUCUUCCUUUGGUGUGGAGGUGAAGUGUUCAGACUCGGUGCGGUUGGUCUCGGGGUCCGGUCUGUGUUCAGGAUCAGUGCAGAUCUGGGACGGGUCCUGGACCGGGGUCUGUGACGGGGACUUGGACCAGCGGGGGGCAGAGGUGCUGUGCAGGGAGCUGGGCUGUGGGGCUCCUUCUCUCCUCCAGGGGGCGCUCUCUCCUCUGGGGCAGACGUUCCACUGUGAGGGACAUGAGUCUGCUCUGAUGGACUGUCCCCGCUCCAACUCAAGCACCUGCUCCUCUGGAGCCACUGUCAACCUCACCUGCUCAGAGCUCAGGUUGGUGGGAGGAGCCAGUCGCUGUGCUGGGACUGUGGAGGUGAGACUCAGAGGAGAGUGGAGACGAGUGGAAUCUUAUGACCGCUGGGAGCAGGAGGCCACAGCUGCUGUGUGCAGAGACCUGGACUGUGGCUCUGUUGUUUAUGGGCAAAGGAGAAAUGAUUUUCCACAGAGUCGUGUGUGGAGGGUCACAUCUACCUGUGUGAAGAAGUCUUCAGUGAGACGAUGUGUCUGGGGUUCAUCCUCCUCCAAUUCCUGGGCUGUGGAGGUGAUGUGUUCAGAGUCGGUGCGGUUGGUCUCGGGGUCCGGUCUGUGUUCAGGAUCAGUGCAGAUCUGGGACGGGUCCUGGACCGGGGUCUGUGACGGGGACUUGGACCAGCGGGGGGCAGAGGUGCUGUGCAGGGAGCUGGGCUGUGGGGCUCCUUCUCUCCUCCAGGGGCGCUCCAACUCAAGCACCUGCUCCUCUGGAGCCACUGUCAACCUCACCUGCUCAGAGCUCAGGUUGGUGGGAGGAGCCAGUCGCUGUGCUGGGACUGUGGAGGUGAACCACAGAGGAGAGUGGAGACGGAUGUCUGACAACUUUGACCACUGGGACCAGGAGGUUGCAGCUGUUGUGUGCAGAGUCCUGGACUGUGGUUCUGCUGUUUAUGGAGAAAAGAGACGUGAUUUUCCACAUAGUCCUGCGUGGGAGAUCUCAUCUGGAUGCAUGAAGGAGUCUUCAGCGAGAGGAUGUGUCGAUGGUUCAUCUUCUUCCUCUUCCUCGGGUGUGGAGGUGAAGUGUUCAGACUCGGUGCGGUUGGUCUCGGGGUCCGGUCUGUGUUCAGGAUCAGUGCAGAUCUGGGACGGGUCCUGGACCGGGGUCUGUGACGGGGACUUGGACCAGCGGGGGGCAGAGGUGCUGUGCAGGGAGCUGGACUGUGGGGCUCCUUCUCUCCUCCAGGGGGCGCUCUCUCCUCUGGGGCAGACGUUCCACUGUGAGGGACAUGAGUCUGCUCUGAUGGACUGUCCCCGCUCCAACUCAAGCACCUGCUCCUCUGGAGCCACUGUCAACCUCACCUGCUCAGAGACGGUCAGAUUGGUGGGAGGAGCCAGUCGCUGUGCUGGGACUGUGGAGGUGAGAUUCAGAGGAGAGUGGAGACGAGUGGAUCCCUCUGGAUUAUUCGGCAACUGGUACCAGGCGAACACAGCUGCUGUGUGCAGACAACUGGACUGUGGCUCUGCUGUUCACACAGAAAAGAGAAAUGAUUUUCCACAGAGUCGUGUGUGGAGGGUUAGACCUGACUGUGUGUUGAAGUCUUCAGUGAGAGGAUGUAUCUAUGAUUCAUCCUCCUCUUCCCAGGGUGUGAAGGUGGUGUGUUCAGAGCUCCUGAAUCGUCCAAUCAUCUCCGUGUCUGUGAGUGACGGGGCGUCCGAGCUCCAGCCUCAGGGGGUGCGGGUGCAGCUGGGCUCAAAGUUCAGGGUCAAAUGCUCCGUGGAGCCACAGUACCCGGGAGGCUCCUUCCGGCUCCUCUCUCCCGCCGCGCCCCCCGCUCAGAACCGCACCCUGCCCGCCGUCAAUCACUCCGCCCACUUCCUGUUCUCUGACGCUGAUCACGCCCACAAAGGAAACUACAUCUGUGUUUACCUCCUGCAGGUGUUCAACCACAACUUCUCCUCUCAGAGCCACACACUCCAGCUCUCUGUGGGAGAGUCAGACUCAGACCUGAUCAUCAGAGUCGUGGUGAUUCUUCUGUUGAAGCUCCUGUACAUCCUCCCAAUGUCCUACUACUACUGCAAGGUUUGGGCCAGAAGGGGCACCAGAGAGAGGACCUCAGAGGACCUGGAGUUAGACCAGUUCAGAUCCACCUGAGACCUGGACUUAGAUCAGGUCAGGUGUGAGUCCUGGACUUAGACCGGGUCAGGUGUGAGGGAUGUUCAGUCCAUUUGUGUAAAUACAGUCACUGUUUUGUUCUUUUGUUUAGUGACACUUUUUAUAAUCCUUCUAUUGUUGGUGUUUCAUUUUUUAAAAUUAGCUUUUACUAAUGUUUCACAAACUCAAUCCAGUCACUUCAAAUUAAACAUUGCACAGUGUUCGUAGACUUGAGGCUUUGGUUUGAAAUGAUUCUGAUGCACAGGAUCCAGGUGCAGUCUACUUCCUGUUAAGGCCAAAGAGCUUUGGUUUAGUUUGAAAUGAGACGACCCAUAGAAAUCAUAGAAGGUCUUAGCCUCUGGAGCGUCCGACAGAACGACGCCCUCUGCUACUCUUAAAUCUCUCUCACUCUAAAAUAUACAGUGGUCCAUCAUUUAUCGUGGGGGUUACGUUCUAAAAAUAAGAUGUGAUAGGUGAAAUCCACAAAGUAUCAACUUUAUAUUUUACAAUUAUUCUAUCUGUUUUAAGUGUGUAAAACCCCUCACCACACACUUUAUACACUUUUUUUCAGACAGGACAGAUGCAAUCCUUUUAAUAUUCUUCUUAAAACUUAUUGCUGCUGUCGUCCUUAUGUUAUUUUUCUCCUUCUUUUAUAUAACGAACCGAAGAUUAAUUUAUUCCAUAAUGAAGCCUACAGGGCAGAGUCCUGCACGGCUCCAUUUUUGAAGACCUGCACCCAGGCAGUACAGCGCCGCACUCGCCUGUUAACCCGAGGUUAUAUCAAACUUUUGUGCUGCCUACGCCAUGGACUGAACCAAGACUAAACCAGGACUAACCCAGGACUGAUUCCAGGACUGAAGAGAAGGAGUAAUCCUGGACUGAACUAGGACUAAAACAGGAGUAAACCAGGACUAAAUCAGGACUAAACCAGAACAGGACUCACUGUCAGAUCAGGCUCAGUGGUGACCGCAGGAGAAAGGACCUGCGCAGAGCUCCGCACCUCACCUCGGUAAGAGCCUGAUUGCGCUUUGUGGACAAACUGCUCGGUGUUCUCUCUCUUAAAUCCAAGAUUAGUCCUGGUUUAAUCCUGACCCACCCGUGUGUAAUUACUACCCGCCUGUAAUACGCAUUACGCAGUCAUACACUGUAAAAAAAAAAAAAAACAUGCAAAAUUGGACCCAAAAAAUAUCCGCAUAACAGCGAAAUUCUUAAAGGUGAACCACCGUAUAGUGAGAGACGACUGUAUAUACAAAGUUGUAAAUAAUGUAAUGUAAUAAUGUAUCCAAAGGUCACAUGUUGCCAUGUGCCAGAGUCUUACAUUCAUAUGUUUGUAUAUUGUACAUAUAGUCAUAGUUUCAGAGGCAUUUUGUU